UUUUUGUUGCUAAAUAUGGCAUCGCGCAAUUCCUGCCCCAGGAUUGUUGAGUUAGCCACUCGAAUAAGUAGCUCGGUUGCUCAGUUGCACGAACAUCUCUCAGCGCAGGGCGUGGUGACCCCAUCCUUUGCCGAGGACAACCCAGAAAACCUCCCCGCUAAUGUUGCCCAUCUUCAAGAUGCUAUCCUAGACGCAACUGCUGAGCUACAUGAACUACUUCUGGAUCCCCUUGCCCUGAUCUCUAAGUUUGCUGCGAUCUCGAACCUAGUCAGCAUUGAUGCACUCUGUCGUUAUGAAAUUCCAAGCAUGAUACCCUCGGGCAGUCAAAUAACGUUUGAUGAGAUAUCUAAAAGAACUGGCCUUGAGAAGUCGGUUGUCAGGCGCCUUCUUCGGCAUGCGAUGUCUAUGCGUAUCUUUAGCGAGCCGGAGCCUGAGGUAGUAGUACAUACAAAGAUAUCUAAGUUUCUCAUGGUCCAGCACAUUAAUAGCUGGGUCAAGUUUGAGAGUAUGGAAACUUGGCCGGCAACUACCAGGAUCGUAGAUGCGAUUCAAAAAUGGCCAAACUCCGAAGAAAUCAAUGAGACUGGUUUCUCGCUGUCCAACAACAACAAAUCGGUUCAGCAGAUCGUUUCUUCAGAUCCUGAGCGAGCAAUGCGCUUUUUAUCUGGAAUGCAAACCAUAAAUUAUGUUCCAGGUUACGCCAUCGAAAACGUUUCCGAGGCCUAUGAUUGGAAAUCCCUAGGAGAUGCGUGCAUCGUUCAUGUUGGUGGAUCUCGAGGUGAAGUCGCCAUAGACCUGGCGAAAAAGUUUAAAAAUAUCAAGCUAGUUGUCCAAGAUUCGCAAAGUAUCAUCCAAGGCGCAAAAGAACAGGUCCCCGAGGAAUUGAAAAGUCGCAUCGACUUCAUGGCUCAUGAAACGUUCGAAACUCAGACGCUGAAGGCACAUGUCUAUUUUUUCCGCAUGAUAUUCCGCAAUUUGGGUGAUAAGAACGCCGUCCAAGUCCUGAAGGCACUGAUCCCGGUCCUCCAACCUGGAGUACAGAUACUCAUCCAGGAUGUAUGUAUGCCAGAGCCAGGAGUUCUUCCAUUAUGGAGAGAUCGAGCUUCCAGGUCAGUAGAUCUAGCUCUAAAAUGCUUCUCCAAUGGUCGUGAAAGAUACCUAGACGAAUGGAAAGCUCUCCUCAGUUCAGCAGAUGAUAGAUUUGCUCUUCAUAGGGUAUAUGUGCCCAAAGAGUCCCUGUUGGGUAUCUUGGAGGUUCAUUGGGAUGUGUCUGGUGUUGGAGAAGACUGA